AUGCAACCAGAGCCAACUGCCGUGUCUCAACAUACACCCCCCGUUGACUCAUCCCCAAUCAAUCUCUGCUCCACCCAGCAUGGACAUGACCUCGAUGACGCUGAAGUCUCUGGCUUCCUCCGAGAGGAGGCCAGUGACUCUCCAGACGUCUCGAGCAUGCCGAAUCAAGACCAUCUUCACUCGUCCCUGAACGACGACCGUUCAGCCCCACCCUCCGUUCCAGAGAACCAGCAUGUGAAUGAUGGCCCUUCAAGCCGAAAGCCAGGUCAUAGUGGACCCCGUGUGACUUUUUCAGAACAGCCACAGACAGCCUUGGAUACUUUCCCCAAUGAGGUCCUCACCCACAUCCUGUCGCAUCUGUCCCCCGAGUCCCUGUCAGCCAUCACAUUGGUAUCGCGUCGAUUCCAUGCGCUGGUGACAACACCCCAUGCAUGGAGAAUUGCCUUCUCCCGCUUUUUCCCAGGUCCUCAAACCAUCGAGGACGGUCGGCGCACCAAUGUCAAUGAGGCAGACUUGCAGUCGGACAGGCGGUUCUUCACGAGAUUGACUGCUUUGGCGUCCUGGCGCAGCGAGUACAUUUUACGUACACGCUUGAUGCGAUCGCUGUCUCGCGGUAAGCCCGCGCAGUUUGACCCCACUAGGGCGGGAUACGUACGUUCAGUGCGAGCUCGCCAUGGAAGCGCAGUGGCUACGUAUACUUCUCAGCUGCAGUAUCCAGUCAGCCAUAUUCAUGCAACGUUCAAUCCUGAUAAGGAUCCUCUGUUUAUUCACGGUGCCGCCGAGCAGGGCAUCGCGUCUGCCAGUGACCCAUCGACCGUCAAAGUCGGUACCUGGGGUAUCUCUGACCACCAGAUGUUCCGCCACUUCGCCGAUCUGUUUCCAGGUGAAGCGCAGUACGGCCUUGGGUCGGGUGAUUUGGUUGGCAUGCCUAAUUUGAUGGAUGUCAGUCAACCGUACGGUAUGAUCUACGGCGAGGGAUGUCCGCAAGGACGUAGCUACUUCAUUUCAACAUCGGAGCAGCGUGGUCGCUUCCUGGGGAUGUCGGAACUGGGCUCACAUCCGCCGCUGGGGAUUCCUGCUGUGAACCUGAUUACGCAGGCUACUUGCUCGGUCUGGAUUGCCAAGUCUUCCAACAUCCUGAAGAUGACUCAAGGGCUUAUUGGAAUGAUGUCUGGUUCAUCGUCAGGUGUACUGACCGCAUAUUCUCUCGGACCUCAUCCGGUUUAUGAUAGAAGAUACGCACCGGGCCAGGUCACUGCCAGAUGGGUUCUGUCCCCGGGUGUUCCCAUUAUCGGUAUUGCUGUGGACGAUCAAAUUUCACCUAAGCGGUGUUCAGACCGCCGCAUUUGGGCUGUUGCUCUAAAUGCUCUUGGUGAAUUGUUCUAUUUGACGGACCUGCCCCGGUCACCGGAGGUUCCACUGACGGCCAAGCUCAAUGCCGAGCAACUCGACGAACUCGCUUGGACAACUGGCAGAAGUGUACAAUGGGAGAUGAUUGAAGCCAGCCGACGCGUGGCCCGCUCUGAUCCCUUCAACCGUGAAUUGGUUGAUGGCAGUUACAGCCCACGCUCGUCCUCGAAUUCCAUGGGUCUCAGUGAACACCAAAUCACUGCUGAAACCAAGGAGAUUGAGAAGUUCCUCUCAUUCAGGCCCAAGCACUUCCGGAAGGUUUGUGAGAGUUGGGAUAUGGAACGUGAUCUCAAAGUAGACUUCGCGGGUGGUGAUGGCCGAGAGGCUGGCGAAUCGAUCAUUGUGAUCGCUCGUGGCUCUAGUGAGGACAAGAACGCAUCGAUUCGACGCUUCACCCGCAUCUCAUCCAAGUCUGGUUCGAGCACUUCCACCCCAUCCGAAACAUACAUGAAAACGACCGAAGCUCCACCAUCACUCUUCGGUGGCCCUAUCGACAUUCCAGACUCGAAGCACCCCGGCAGUGUUCCGCCUUCCCGGGCCUCUGGUCGGUUGAACGAGCACUCGUCUCAGUUCGCUUGGCGAAUUUCGGACUUUGUGUUUGGCGACCGCGAAUCAGUGGAAAUCAGUAUCAGUGCUCUGGAUGUUUCUACAUUUGCAACACUCACGGCACAAGAGGACCCUCUUUUGGCCAUGUCUGGCAGCUCUUAUUCUUCCGCAUUCUCGUCUCCCAUGCUACCACAUAUGGAUCAGCCACGAUCUGUUUUGGAAGUUCCAGGGCAACGUGCUCGAUACUUGGCUGUGGGAACUAGCACUGGAUCUGUCUUUGUCUGGGACAUUCGAGCACCGGCAGCAAAGUCGGCCGAUGUUGUCAAAUCCAUACCCCCGUUGCGCAUCAUCAACACAGAAUCGCCUCGGGUGUCUUGCCUAGGUAUCACUUCGUUAUACCUGGUGCACGGAGGCAAUGAUGGUCUUGUUCAAGCUUGGGACCCUCUGGCAUCCUCCACGAAGCCCAUACGUACAAUCAGCUCUCGAUUCUCCCAACGUGCCCGUCGUCAACUUAUACAGGCCGAGGCUUCGGUGCUUGGAGUUGGUAACAACUACUAUGCCACUGGCGCCAUUUGUCUCGACACAGACCCAACCAUUCUCCGCGGCAUGGUCUCGCUCGGGACGCACUUGCGCUACUGGUCUUACAGUUCCUCUGGGGCUGAUAAAUACAAGUCUAGCAAGCGCCGCCUCCGUCGCGCAAUGCGCGCGGGUAAUGGAGGCGGAGAGGGCCAGCGUUUCAACAACAGCGGUCGCGGUGCCAUUGAAGAUUUCAUUCAAGAUGAACAUGUUGAGAUGCAACGUCAGAAGAUCGCAGAUGAGAAAGAACGGGCCCACCUGAGUGCGCGAUUUGGAGUUGAUUUGCUGGGCUCAGACAUAGACGAAGAACAGCUCCUUGCAUACGCGCAACUUAUCAGCGAAGAGUCAUUCUCUGGCGAUGCUGCGAAAGUGAAUGACAGCGCAGCAAUCUCAAGCUCGGUCACCAGCGCCUCUUUUGACACUGUCGGGCCUAGCUCGUUUGGUCCAGGUGAGAUCUCAUCUUCCUCGUCUCCUUACCAGGAGUCUGCGGAUGAGACCGUUGAUGAUGAAAUUGCCGAGGCAAUUCGCCUGAGUCUGCUGGAUGAGCAGACUUCUUCAUAUCACUCGGCACCCUCCAUCCCUAUCAAGUAUGCGAAAGGGAUGCAGCGUCGGGAUCCAUCGCCUGAACCUGGCAAUGCCGGAGGCAGUAAUCAACAAGAGAUCGAUGACCUGGAGUUUGCCAUACAAUUGAGCUUGGCUGAGGGCAGGAGUCGCGAAGAGGAGCAGGAAUGGGAGGAAUUCCCAUCUCUUGCCCCGUCUUCGCCCUCGGGCAAGGGCAAGGGCAAAGCGAGGGCAUAG